GCGACUGGCUGGCUGACUGGUUACUUCUGGGUCUCUCCGGAUCGCAACAAACAGACGGAGGGGGAGAGGGAGCGGAGCGCCCGGCGAGUGGAGACCACGGCCGCAGGCUCAGCUGGCUGUUCAGUGUUUGCCGACGACGAUCGAGCGAGUUUCCUUAGAAGAAGAGCUUGGGCGGUAUGCAAAGUUGUGAAAUAUCUUCAGACAGUGCAGAUGAUCCUCUCAGUCGUGGCUCACAAAGAAAGCGACAACCUCGAAUAGUAGUUAUCGGUGCCGGUCUCGCUGGCUUGUCUGCUGCCAAACUACUUCUAGCGAAUGGACUCACAGAUAUCAUUGUUCUAGAGGCAUCGGAGCGAAUCGGCGGCAGAGUGCAAAGCAUUAAACUUGGCUGUGCUACAUUUGAUAUUGGGGCAACUUGGAUUCACGGCGCUCAUGGGAACCCGAUUUAUCAGCUAGCAGAAGAGCACGGUCUCCUUGAAGAAACUACAGAUGGAGAGCGCAGCACUGGCCGUAUCAGCCUCUACUCCAAGAAUGGGGUGGCACACUACUACACCAGCAGUGGACAGAGAAUACCGAAGGAUGUCAUUGAAGAAUUCAGCGAUGUAUACAACGAGGUCUAUAACCUGACGCAGGAGUUCUUCCAACGGGGAAGGCCUGUUGGUGCAGAAAGCCAAAACAGCGUUGGCGUUUUCACAAGAAAUGUGGUGCGUAAGCGCCUCAAAGCAAAUCGUGAGGACUCGGGAAUCAACAAGAAGUUGAAGCUGGCGAUGCUCCAGCAGUUCUUGAAGGUUGAAAGCUGUGAGAGCAGUUGCCACAGCAUGGAUGAAGUGUCCCUCAGUGAGUUUGGCGAGUGGACGGAAAUCCCUGGUGCCCACCAUGUCAUUCCGAGCGGCUUCAUUAACAUAGUGGAGAUCCUGGCGCGGGAUAUCCCCAAAUCGGUCAUCCAGCUGAACAAGCCGGUGAAGUACAUUCACUGGAACCGCUCGUUCAACAAGGAAAUCCACUAUAUCAACAGUACCUUCCCCAACCACAACCUGGAUGGGCAAGAGGAAGAGGGCUACCAGGUGCGAGUAGAGUGCGAGGAUUGCGAGUUCAUCCUGGCCGACCAUGUGAUUGUCACCAUGUCACUCGGCGUGCUGAAGAAGUACCACGAGACCAUGUUCCACCCACACCUUCCAGAGGAGAAGGUCUCGGCAAUCCAGAUGCUGGGAAUCAGCACCACGGAUAAGAUCUUCCUGGAGUUCGAGGAGCCCUUCUGGAGCCCCGAGUGCAACAGCAUCCAGUUUGUGUGGGAGGACGACGCAGAGAACGAGAACCUGGCGUACCCGCAGGACCUGUGGUACAAAAAGAUCUGCAGCUUCGAUGUGCUGUACCCACCUGAGCGCUAUGGCCACGUACUGAGUGGCUGGAUCUGUGGAGAAGAAGCCAUCAUCAUGGAGAGAUACGACGACGAGACGGUGGCAGAAACUUGCACAGAGCUGCUGCGAAAGUUUACAGGCAACCCACACAUUCCAAAACCCCGGAGGAUCCUGAGGUCCGGAUGGGGCAGUAACCCUUACAUCCGUGGCUCCUACUCCUACACUCGAGUUGGAUCAACAGGAGCAGAUGUUGAGAAACUUGCAAAGCCACUGCCUUACCCAAAGAGCACAAAAGCACCUCCUAUGCAGAUUUUAUUUGCUGGGGAAGCAACUCACAGAAAGUUCUACUCAACUACACAUGGUGCUUUGCUUUCUGGUGAGCGUGAGGCUGGACGUCUCAUAGAAAUGUAUCAAGACCUCUACCAAGGAAGAGAUGAGAAGUCCUAUAUGUGAGGUCUUACUCAGAAUGGAUGAAAAGCAUGUGGUUAAUGUAUCAUUUCUUAAGGCAGAGUGUUAUAGUCUCAUUUAAUAAGGGUAUGUUGAAAUCAUUUUUAACUGGAUAUAUACAAGAUUAACACAUUCUGGUAAUGCUUUGGUCAUACAAAUGUUUACACUUACAUAAUAUUUUAAUUUUUAAAUUAAUGCACUUCUAACCUCAUUUUAAUUUUCUGUAAAUUGUGUGCCUUCCUGUACUGCCAGUCCAGUGCAAUGCUUUCGGGAUACUAUAUUGUUGAGGGUGCCAUUUUUUGGAUUAGAUGUUCCGAUGAGGUCCCAUCUGCCCCCUCAAGCUGAUGCAUCAUAUUGAAGUAGGAGUAAAUGGAUAUGCGCUCAAGUUACUACAAUGUGAUAAGUGGCACCUCCCAGAUCAAGUGGUAUCUGUUGAGAUACUAAAGAUGGCAGAUGCUAGAAUCUGGAGCAACAAAAAACCAAGCUGCUGGAGGAACUCAGCGGGUCAGGCAGCAUCUGUAGAGGGAAAUAGGUAGUCAAUGUUUUGGGCUGAGACCCUUCAUCAGUCCAGAUGACGGUCUUGACCCAAGACGUUGACAGUCCAUUUCCCUCCAAUAAUGCUGUCAGAUUAGUAUUAAAAACCCAAAUGUAUCACUAAUCCCUUCACUCAUAUCUCCCCAUCUUGUUCUGCUCUUGAACUCCAGCCCCAACUACUCCUUGUCCUCUGCUGUGUGGCCAGGUCAGACUUGCUGAGUUCCUCCAGCAGUUUGUUUUUAGCAACUGUUGAGAGUUCUCACACCCCAGUUUUUCUUAAUAUUUAUGAAUGAUUUGGAUGAGCCUAAUAUCCAAAUUUACUGACAACACCAAAUCAGAUGGCACAGCAAAUAGUGUAGAAGGGAGAAUAAAAUUUUACAGUGACAUUGAUAGAUUAAAUGAGUAAAUAUGGACUUCAGUAUUUCACUCAAGAAGGAUAAGUUGGAGCAUUGUGGAAAUGGUGAGAUGCAGGAGAUUCAGGAGUCGAAGUUUAGAAAUUAUUCAAAGCCAAUGAACUGGUACAACAAAUAAUUUUAAAUAUUAAUGGCCUUCAUUUCAAUGGGAAGCAAGUUAUUUUAGUUACAUAGAAAGUUCUGGAUGUAUCCAAUUAGAGCUCAGUUCUGAGCCUCAGAGAGGGUGCAGAGCAGAUUUACUGGGAUAAUAGCUAGACUAAGAGGUUUGAACCAUGAAGACUAAUGGUAUAGAGUGGGUUUAUAUACCCUUGUGAACUAGAAAGGUGAACUAAUUGCUGCGUUUUAGAUGAUUAUAGAAGUUGAAAGGGUGACCAGAGAGAAAUGAUUACACUGGUGCCCAAGGCCAGAUCAAGGGGACAUAGCUUUAAGUUAAAGCUACAUCAAUCUGAAUUGGAGAAAUACUUCUUCACAUCAGUGACAGUGUAAAUCUGGAAUUCUCUUAAAUGGCUAAUGAGACUAAGACAAAUGUCAAGAUGAAGUUUGAUAGAAUUUUGUUAGGUGAGGAAGUUGGACAUAUGGACUCAAGACUGGGAAAUGGACCCAAGUUACAGAUCAUGAAGUCAUGGAUAUUGGAUCAGGUCUUUGACAGGUUUACUCCUGUUCCCAUGCUGUUCCACAUCUGGUGGUGUCCUGGCUAACAUUUAUUCCAAAAGGAAAGUCAGUUUAAAAGGUUACCAUUGUUAUAUGUGGGACCUUGCUGUGUGCAAGUUAGUUACUGCAUUCCCAGCACCACAAGAUUAACUGUGGUUCAAAAACGACUUAAUUGGCUUUGGGACAUAAACUGCUGAGGUUAGGAGAAGUUCCAUAUAAUUUGCAUGUUCUAUUUUCCUCUCCCCGAAACACCUAAAUCUUUAUUUGACUGUGAACAGAGAGAAAUGGGUGCAUUAAAUUAACCUGUGCUGGAUCAUAAAAGUUUGCAGAGUUUGCAUUCCAUCUCACAUCCAAUUUUCCAGUAACUUUUGGAAGGGUACUUAACCCCAGAGCUACCCCUGCAGUUUCAGAGGAGAAGGUGGGUGUAGAAGGAGCACCAUUUUUUUUCAAGCAAUGGAAAGGAGAGGCCCUCUGGCAUUUUUAGUUUCACUUUUAAAUGUUGCCAUUUUUCUUCUUUUUCAUCUCAUUCUCCCAAGAAAUGGCUGACUGCACUUAAUGGAUAUCGUCUGGAACAUGGCAUACGUGCUAAUCAAUCUGUUCUAAACACCUAGCAACAUGUUCCAAUAGGUGGAGUGAACUUUAACGCAAUAUAGAGAGCAAAAGGGAGGCACUGUCAAUGCAUUAAAACCGAGAUCUAAAAUUAAUGUCAUGGUCAGCUGCAAUCUUUGAAUUAAUAUUGAUUGUCUUAUAAUCUCACAAUGUUAUAUUUUAAUCUGAUAAUGUUGUAUCUUGCUUAACAUUUAGGUUUUGUUUGACAUGUCAUUUUUCUGAUUAUAUGGAGAUUGUUGCAGAAGAAUCUGCAUCUGGAUACAGAUCAGUAUGUAAUUAGGUGGAGAAAUGGCAAACGUAAUGUGACAUUUGAAAAACGUAAAAUAUUGCACAUCAGUCAAAAUAAAAUGGGGUCCAACUGUUCAAUAAAUGGAAAUGAAUUAA